AAUACAAGCAACCACCUAUUUUCUCCUCUCUAUUUUUUUCUUGGGUAAUGGUGGUUUGUUUUCUGAGCAGGAAACACUCGGUGAAUCGGUCUUCGGUACCUGAUGAAGACGUGACGGAUGCUUCAUCCGAGAAGGACAAGCUCACGCUUGAAGAAAUCAUCAACAUCAAGUUGGUGGAGAGUGGAGAGAGAGAGAAUCUGAUGGAGCUUGUGAGAGAUAGAUUGGUGGAGUCUGGUUGGAAAGAUGAGAUGAGGGUUGCUUGCAGGGAGCAUGUAAAGAAGAAAGGGAGGAAAGAUGUCACAGUCGAUGAACUAAUCCGAGUGAUCACUCCCAAAGGCAGAGAGAGGUAUACAAACCCUUUUGGGAUGAAACCGGAACAAAGAAACCUCCGUUAACUUAUUAUAAAGUUCCUUUUGUUUGUUUUCAACGGACCUUUGUCGUGUAUGUGCAGCUUCAGUACCAGAUGCUGUGAAGCAAGAGCUGCUGAACAGAAUUCAAAACUUCAUUGGAUCAUCUGCUCCGUGAUGGUUUUAUCUCUAUGGUGCGGUGGUUUCUAGUUUCUACUUGUACCCAACACUUAACCGGAGAAGAAACUCCUUUUUGAACCAAAUGAAACAAUGCCAUUCUUAAAAAUACCAGUUAAGAUGAUUUAGGAGUACCAUAUGAGAUCAGAUCAGCUAGAUCCUUCCAGAACCAACCUGGUUUUGAUAAGCAUAAGAUAAUGGCUUUAUGCUUAAAAGUUAAACUUGCCAUUUAGAACAUUUGUUUUUCCCUUACACAAAGCAAACACAAACAGUAGCUCAUACCAUUGGGGUUUGGCUCUGUUACUUAGUCUCACUUUCUCUCUACAUAAAUCCUUUGUUUCAAAUCUCUCACAAAACACAGACAAACUCACACAUUAGACACAACAAGAACAAGGGUAGUCGCUUAUUCGGCAGAGCUUUUUCACUCUUUUGCUUG